CUCCCCUCCCCUCCCCUGCUUUGCGGCGCGCCAGCGUACCGUGCGGCAACCCCAGCCCGUCGACUCCCCAGCGAUGGAUCAGCGCAAGGGCCGUGAAGCGAACGGCGGCGGCCUGGCGGAGGCGACGGCGUCGAGGCUGAGGUUCGAGGACCCCGACGAGGAGGAGGAGGAGGUGGGGAUGGAGGUGGAGGAGAACUCCGCCGCCGCCGCCGGGGCGGAGGGGGAAGGGGAAGGAGGGGAGGAGGUGAUCGGCAACGACAAGACCAGCGCCGACUACUACUUCGACUCCUACUCCCACUUCGGUAUUCAUGAAGAAAUGCUAAAAGAUGUUGUUCGGACAAAAUCAUAUCAAAAUGUUAUCACCCAGAAUAGCUUUCUUUUCAAGGACAAAGUAGUCCUUGAUGUUGGUGCUGGGACCGGAAUCCUCUCACUUUUCUGUGCAAAAGCAGGGGCUAAGCAUGUUUAUGCGAUUGAGUGUUCCCAGAUGGCUGAUAUGGCAAAGGAAAUUGUGAAAGCAAAUGGAUAUUCUGAUGUCAUAACGGUAAUAAAAGGGAAAGUGGAAGAAAUUGAGCUUCCUGUCCCAAAAGUAGAUGUAAUAAUCUCUGAAUGGAUGGGCUAUUUCCUCUUGUUUGAGAAUAUGUUGAACACUGUUCUAUACGCACGCGAUAAAUGGCUUGCUGAUGGUGGUGUCGUCCUACCAGACAAAGCUUCUUUACAUCUUACUGCAAUCGAAGAUGCAGAAUACAAAGAAGACAAAAUUGAAUUUUGGAAUAAUGUGUAUGGCUUUGAUAUGCGCUGUAUCAAGAAACAGGCAAUGAUGGAGCCACUUGUCGAUACUGUGGACGCAAAUCAGAUUGUCACAAACUGCCAGCUACUUAAGGUACCGAAGCAUUCAAACAUAACUAUUUUCUUAGCAUUUCUUUGUUCACAUUUUAGAUUAAAUCUUCUUCCCAUCUUCCCAUGUAUAUUUCAGACAAUGGAUAUUUCCAAGAUGACACCUGGAGAUGCGUCCUUUACUGUACCAUUUAAGUUGGUAGCAGAGCGCAAUGACUAUAUACAUGCUCUUGUUGCUUACUUCAACGUGUCGUUCACCAAAUGCCAUAAGAUGAUGGGCUUCUCAACAGGACCUAGAUCAAAAGCCACUCACUGGAAGCAAACUGUUCUCUACCUGGAGGAUGUAAUAACCAUCUGUGAGGGUGAGACUCUGACGGGCAGUAUGACGGUUACACCGAAUAAAAAGAAUCCUCGAGACAUUGACAUUAAGCUCAAAUACACGCUAAAUGGGCAUAGAUGCCAAGUGUCAAGAACACAACACUACAAGAUGCGGUGACCAAUGCAAGCUCAGUUGCCAUGCAACCCAUUAAAUUUUGGUUAGCCAAGUAUCUUGUUUGACAAAUUGUGCUUGUCCCCUUGAUCUUGUAUUAACAUUGUUAAUUAUUUAUGUUCUUUGGGACCAAAGCUUAAGUAGAAAUGGUGUGCUGAUAUGAGAUUGCUAUGUUGCAAAACUAUGGUGUCUUGCUAGCUGGUGGUAUGAUUUGGCAAGGAUGUUGGCAAUUGUUGUAUUCGUCUCUAAACCCUUUUUAAAAAGGGAUCAAUGGCAUUACCACACAA